AUGUCCAAUCUACAGCCAAACCAAUUUCUGCUGGCCGCCGACAAUUCUCCAAAUUUACUACCCCUCCUCCGAUCCAACCCCGCACUCGCUUCCUCCCAAGACGAACACGGAUAUUCUCUCCUACACGCUGCGGCCUCUUACAACCACCUUGAUCUUCUUCGCGCUUUGGUAAACGAGUUUCAUGUUGAUGUCAACCUCAAAGACGAGGACGGAGAAACUGCGUUGUUUGUUGCAGAAACGUUGGAAUGCGCGAAAACAUUGGUGGAAGAACUGCACGCGAGCAUAUCAAUUAGGGGCGACGAGGGGAAAACAGCGAGAGAGAAGAUUGCCGAAGACGACGAUUUCCCGCAAGUUGCAGUCUAUCUUCGAGUCAAGGAAUUGGAAGCUGGUUUGGUCCAAGUCAAUGGUACUGGAGAAGAAAGUGCAACCAAUGGCGUACAGCCUCCACCACCAGUACCGGAAGGAAUCAAUGUCGAUUUUGGAACAAUGAAUCCAGAGGAGGAAGCUGGAGAAGUCGUGGAUCCCGAAUUUCGACGGAGAAUAGAAGAAUUGGCAGCACGAGAAGACUUCCAAGGAGAAGAGGGUCAAAGGAUGUUAAGAGAACUCAUCACGGAAGCGAUAACAGGGGACAUCGGCCAAGAGAGAGAUGUGCGCAGAAGGACUAGUUGA